AUGUCUUUUCUCCAUCGGCUUAGACGAUUGGUACGGACCAAUGAAAAGCGAAUGAUCAAAAUCGUCAAGAAGCAAUCUAGCGUCGCUACUCUAGUUAUCGACUUGCUUGAAGAGAGAGAUGAACAGGCCAAAGUUUCUUCUAGCAAGAUUCAGCAGCUAGAACAGAGGAACAAAGAGCUGGAGGAGAGGUUAGAAACGAAUCAAGCGGAGGUUCAAUCUGUUCAGAUAAAGGGGUUGAAGCAAGAAACGGAUAGAAAAAUAGACUCUCUUCUUAAAGAGAACGCGCAGCUUCGCUCUGAGGUUGGGGAAAGAGAGUCUCAAAUAUUCAGUCUCCAACCCUAUCGCCAAGAGCUCACAACAGAUGAAGCAAGAACUGAAUACAAAAAUCUUGUUUCUAGUAUCAGGGGCUUUGUCGAGAACUGGACGAGUUCGCUUCUCCGAAAUCCUGAGAUCCAAAAAAAGUCUCUUUCAUGGGCUAAAAAUCACAGAGAUAAUAUAAGUCACUUUGGGGGGCGUCUUGCCAGAUGGAAAGAUCUCUACGACACAGCACGCAUGACCAAUAUCGAUAUCGAUCAGGAAAUUCUCAUUGCAUUUAUCCUAAGAUUCCUACAAGAGACCUUAUUCAAACGGAGAUUGACAUCUCUUCAUCCUGAUAUGGAUAGCAUGAUGGAUUUUGUUGACAACUCUAUGCGCAAGAGUGUAGAUCCAAAGCCAGUCGUCUACUGCCCCAAGGAUAACCGUCAAUUUUGCUUCCGCCAUAGAGUCCCUUGGCAUAGUGAUUAUACCUGUGAUGAAUACGACGCAUUCCUCCAAGAUCCAGAACACUUCCGUAGCGAAGCUCAGAAACAGAGAGGUAUCUACCGGACUCAAGAACUCAGUAGGAAAAGAUCCCGCCAAGAAUACGAGGAAGCCGAAGAGCGGUUCACCCAAAGUUUGCUAAGAGAAGAAGAGGCUGCCGAGGCUCGCAGAAGAGCUCGCCAGCGACGCAUAGAGGAGGAACGCAGGCUAGCCGAAGAAAGGGCUCGACUAGUGGAACAGGAGAGAAGAGCCCAAGAGGCUUUGCAACACCAGGCGCGGCUAAGAAACGAGGAGACUGCAACGAACAAGAGCCUCCAUCAACUCACUAAACGCUGCCCAAGCUGUGGAAUCCGUAUUCAAAAGAAUGGGGGUUGGUGA